AUGCCACUCAAAGAGAACGACAACACUCCAGCAAAAUGGACUCAAACUUUCAAGAUUAAGUCUGUGGAUUACCAAGGCCAGAAGUCACACAACCUGAACAUGAACUGCAGAGAGACCGGGAAUGCCCAGGUGCCAGAGGCUGAGGCCGAGGCUAUUGUGGGGGCCUACAUGGAGAAGGUCACACAAAGGCAUCCUGGCUGGAGGCUGGAACGUGUGGUGAACAUGGUCCGAAAUGUUGAUGUGAAGAAGGGGAAGCGGUACCUGCUAGAGCUGCUGAUGAGAGACGAGUCUGGAGAGGCCCGAAGGAUCUCAGAGUACGUCUACGCCGAGAGCAGCAGCGGCCCGGACCAGCACCAGCUCAAAAUCUGCUACCCCACAGGCUUCAGAUGGAACCCCCAGGCAACUGUACACUUUGUCAUCCCAGUGAAAAACCAGGCCCGCUGGGUGCACCUGCUCAUCAGAGACGUGGAGACCCUAGUGAGGGAGACCGGAGAUUCCCAUUUCAACCUAAUCCUCACUGACUUCAGCAGCUCUGACAUGGACAUGGAGCAGGCUCUGGUCAGGUCCCAAAUACCCAGGUACCAGUAUAAGAAGUUAAGUGGAAACUUUGAGCGCUCUCGAGGUUUGCAGGAAGGAGUCAAUCUUAUCAAGGACCCGCACAGCAUCGUGUUUCUGUUCGACUUGCACAUCAGCUUCCCCUCUCACAUCAUCGACCUUAUUAGGAAGCACUGUGUGGAAGGAUACCAGGCCUUUGCUCCGGUGGUGAUGAGGAUGGAGUGUGGUUCUUCGCCCAUAGACGCUCGAGGUCUCUGGGAAGUGCAAGGGUUCGGGCUGCUGGGCCUUUACAAGUCAGACCUUAUGAAAGUGGGAGGAAUGAAUGUCAGGGAAUUCAAAGGCCGCUGGGGAGGAGAGGAUUGGGAGCUGCUGGACAGGAUUAUAAUGGGUGGCCUGGAAGUAGAGCGCUUCUACAUGAGGAAUUUCUAUCACCACUACCACUCCAAGCGAGGCAUGUGGAACGUCAAUCACCGCUGA